CCUGACCAAUCGCGGCGGAGAGUCGCGGUGCUGACGUGGCCUCGGAAAGCAGGAAGUUGAGGAGACUGAAUUGCAAACAGUGAAGCAUUGCUGUGGGAUGGACGGAGAGAAGAAGACAGCGCUGGCCACGGAGAGGUACGGCUCCAGAGAGAGAUGGACGUACUGGGAGAGAGGAGGAGAGAUGGAGAGAGAGCGAGAGGGAGGAGAGGGAGAGAGAGCGGGCUCUUUUGUCAAGGUCUUUACGAGUGUGUUCCUGCCUCAGGGAUACCCCGAGAGUGUGAGUGAAGAUUACCUCCAAUACCAGAUGUGGGACACACUGCAGGCGUUCUCCAGCAGUCUCACCGGCACCCUCUCCACUCAGGCCACUCUCAGAGGGGUGGGGGUGGGGAGCACUGAGGCCAGCGUCGCCGCGGCAACUGUCACCUGGAUACUGAGAGACGGCACUGGAAUGCUGGGAAGAAUCCUCUUCGCCUGGGUCAAGGGAAGCAAAUUAGACUGUGAUGCAAAGAAAUGGAGACUCUUUGCAGAUGUUCUCAAUGAUGUCGCCAUUUUCAUGGAGAUUGUGGCUCCUGCCUUCCCAGCAUGCUUCACUCUCAUCGUCUGCAGCGCGGGCGUCUUCAAGUCCCUGGUUGGAGUGGCAGGGGGCGCCACCAGAGCAGCUCUGACGGUACAUCAAGCGAGACGGGACAACAUGGCCGACGUGUCCGCUAAAGAUGGGAGUCAGGAGACUCUGGUCAACCUGGCUGGGAUGCUGGUCAGUCUGCUGCUCAUCCCCCUGGUGACCGAGAGCACUGUGUUGACCUUUGCCCUCUACUUCCUGUUCACCUGCCUGCACCUCUAUGCUAAUUACCAGGCGGUGCGUUCCGUCGUCAUGGAAACCCUGAACCAGGCCCGCCUCUCCAUCCUGACCGACCAAUACCUGCAAGAGGGGCGGGUCCUCUCCCCGGCUGCAGCCAAUCACAGAGAGCCAGUACUGCCAGACUUCAGGAGGCGUGUCCAAAUCAGACUGGGGGUGCGGCUCGGGGACAUAGUGAGCAGCACUUCAGAGCUUCAGCGAGCUUUGAAGGGAAAUCAGAAAAAGUACAUUAUUGGAGUAAAGAGGAGAGAAGUGUGUGUGUGUCUUAGCUCUGAAGCUGCCCCUCAAGAUGAGAUCCAGGCCUCCUUCCACUGUCACCUCCUCUCCUCCCUGCUGCUGGAUACUGGGAGCACUGGGAGCAAUGGGCCGCUGACUGGGGAGCGGAGAGACCAGUGGAGACACACAGUCCGAGCAGCUGGGCAGGGAGAGGGGCUGUGGGAUCUGGUCUCAGAAACACACGCUUUUGUGGACAGAACCUUCCCAGAAUUCCUCACAGCUCUGCAGAAGGCUGGCUGGCAGACUGGUCGCACGUUGCUGGACUGGGAUGAAUGGAGAGUGAACUGGGAACCAGUCCCUCUGAAAAAGAUACUGUGAAGGGGAGGGGUGGGGGCAGUGGGUGUGUGAUUGUGCAGGGAUGGGAAUCGGACUCCUAUUGCACAGCAGUGUGAUCCAUUCCAGGUUUUACUACCAGCUUGAUCAGCCCCCAGUGUGUCUAGCUAACAAGCUCAGGUGUGUCUGAUUAUUAAACUCCUAGUGAAACCAGGACUGGAUCACACUGCUGUGCAACGGGAGUCUGAUUCCCACCCCUGUUAUGUGUGCGAGUCUGUGUGUGUGUCUGUUUGUGUGAGUGUGUGUCUGUGUGAGUGUGUCUGUGUCUGUGUCUGUGUCUGUGUGUGUGUGUAUGUGUAUGUGUGUAUGUAUGUAUGUGUGUGUGUGUGUAUCUGGUUCUGUCACAAUCGUCCAUUCAAUAUGCUGAAUGAUGGAUUUAAAGACACUGAAUCUUAUACCACAUUGAAUACCGUCUGUAUCACUUACAUUGUUGAGAAUAAAACAGAAUUGAAUA